AGCGAAGUUUGAAUUUUUGAAUUCAAAUUCAAAUCAGUGGAAAUAGAUAAGCCUAAACUAUCGUGUACCAUUUAACACGCAGAAAAAUGAAUUCAAGAUCGAAGGCAAGAGCAGCCCAAGUGCAUGCUUUUGCUCGAACUAGAAGUGUGUGGCCUGCAGGACGUAAAAAGAUCAAUCCCGAACAAAAUCGAAACAAGUGCGACGUGCAUGAAGUCAAAAGUUUUCUCGACUCGCUCCCCAUUGAUGAAAAUGCAGACCUGGAUGCGGAGUUGCCGGUUUUGGAUUUGAGAGAAGAAUACUUUCUUGGAAAAGUUGAUGAAACUCAAAAUAUUGAAGAUUUAAAAAACAUGAUGCAGGUCUAUGGAGUUACUAGUAAAGAUAAUUUUGAUGUGAUAAAUUUAUCAUGAAAAUUUUGUUUACCAUGACCAUAUUUGACUCACAUUAGUGUAUUUAGGUACAAUUUGUUAAUGUGGAUCUUUCCAGAUCUCUCCACAAUGAGAG